UCAGUCAUUCGGCUUCUCUCAAUCAGACACGACCGGCAAUUCCUCCUUCCACUCAUCGGCCAUGGCUCUGCUCUGCUACAACCGGGGAUGCGGCCAGCGCUUCGACCCCGCUACCAACACGGAAGAAUCAUGCACAUAUCACCCAGGUGUACCUGUCUUUCAUGAUGCUCUUAAAGGCUGGUCAUGCUGUAAAAGAAGAACCACAGACUUUUCUGAUUUCUUAAGCAUUAAGGGUUGCACCAAGGGCUUCCAUAAUAGUGAGAAACCCCCUGAGCCGGUCAAACCUGAAGUGAAAAUUACCUCUGAACGAAAAGAAUUAGCUGAUCUGAAACCUAAAUUUCAAGAGCACAUAAUUCAAGCACCAAGGCCAGUAGAAGCCAUUCAAAGACCAAGUUCUGAUGAACCAAUGAGCUGCUUGCAGUUAAAAGUAUCAGCGUCCUUGAAACAGGCGUUAGAAAAGCUAAAGCUAUCAACGGAAAAUGAAAUAAAAAAAGAAGAUGAUAGCGAUGAGAUAAAGAUUGGGACUCCGUGCAAAAAUGCAGGCUGUUCAAAGACAUUUGAAGGACCAGGCAACACAGAGGACGCGUGUAUCUAUCAUGCUGGUGUGCCUAUAUUCCACGAAGGGAUGAAGUACUGGAGUUGCUGUAAGAGGAAAACAUCAGACUUUAAUACUUUUUUGGCUCAAGAGGGCUGCACAACGGGAACACACCUGUGGAUUAAGAAGGAUGCCGGGAAGAAGGUGGUGCCAUGCAGGCACGACUGGCAUCAAACUGGGCGUGAAGUGACAAUAUCAAUCUAUGCGAAAAAUUCCAUUCCUGAACUUUGCCAGGUAGAGGCAAACAGUACAUUACUAAAUAUCCAUAUUGUGUUUGAAGGUGAUAAGGUGUUCAAUCAGAAUCUGAAUUUAUGGGGUGUAAGUACAUAAUUCUGCUUCAAAUCUUAUGCUACAAAUUUUCUCUAAAAAGUUUUUUUAUGGAUUCUGUUGUCAGACUUUUCUAAUGUGGUGUGAUUGUGUUUUAAGAAAUACGCAAAUGCCAAAGUCUAGUUGACAGUUGUGGAAGUGGUUGUUGAAUGGAUUCUGUGCACUUAAGUCACUACUAAAUGUG